CAAUGUAAAGGUACUACAGUAAAGUAGUACCGAUAGUAUGGUACAUUUACCGUGCGGUAUCAUCACCCAUCAAAACAAAAACCACCAACCAGAAGAUGGUAGUACACAAGAACAUACUGGCACCAGCACAAUACACCAAGAAAACGCGAUCGAGUCUCACACUAUACGAUCAAGAUGCGUCGCUCGUCUGCUGUGAGUCAAUGUAAACCCAGGGGCCCUUCUAUCGACCACGGGCUCCGGUUAGGGAUAUGUGCGCUCUUGGUUGCUUCGCUGGCGGUUCCAGCGAGCGGAUGGUCCCUGAACCAUAGCCAUAGCCAUCAGCAUCGCCAUCGCAUCGGGCUGGCAAACCGUCGAAGCGCGAACCCCGCCGAUGCAAGCCCGGCCGCGCUCUUUCUCUCGGCGGACACCGAAUCCACCGGGGGGGAGGAACAGCUGGCGACAAUGAUCAAGGAAGUCUCCGGGAUGCGGGUGUCCGAGCUGAAGGCGGAGCUCGGAGAACGCGGCGUCGACUUUUCCGAUUGCUUCGACAAGGAAUCGAUGGUGGAGAAGCUGGCAAGCGCACGGGUGAACGGCGUUGGCGAGGACGACAACGACUACGAGCACCAGAGCGGCGAAAGCGGGGAGAACACCGGCGAUGCCGCAGCGGUGGACGCCGACACCCCCCAAGACUUUGACCGGGAGGCCGCCCUCCGGGAGCUCAAGGGGAUGCGGGUCCGCGAGCUGCGGGAGGAGCUGGGGAGGAGGCGGAUCCCCCGGGCGGGCCUCUUCGAAAAAGAGGACCUGGUGGCGGCCCUGCUGGAGGCCCGCGCGCUGGCCUCGGUCUUUUGCGCCACGGGCUCGCUGGUGGCGGGGGAGGUCACGGAGGUCUCCGAGGACGUGGCCCGCAGGGAAAUCGGCUUUGGGGGCGGCCCGCCGCUCCUCCUCGACGUGUACGCGACCUGGUGCGGCCCGUGCCAGAUGAUCGCGCCCUUUCUGAAGGAGAUCGCGGCCGAGAAGGGGACCGGCCUGCGGAUCGCCAAGAUGGACAGCGACCAGAACCCCGGGCUCUCCUCGGAACUGAGGGUCCAGGGCCUCCCCACCCUGGUCUUGUUCCGGUCCGGCGAAGAGGUCGACCGCAUCGAGGGGGCCCCCACGAAGGAACAACUCCUGGCGUGGAUCGACGGCCACCGGUGACGGAUGGAGAGACGGCGGGCAGCGGGUUCGAUCGCGUCGGACACGAUCACAAGAAACGCACGACUGCGAU